UGAUCUGAAAUUGACGACAUGACUCCUCUCAGUUCAACAUGCUCAGUAAAUCAAACCCAAACGAUCAACGACAGUUAGCUGCUGCUGCUCAACAAGCAGCUCAGCAUAAUCAAAAUAUCAUCGCUAGCCAGCCUCAACAAAUAGCAGCACAACAGCAAAACCAGCUUGGUGCUAAGCUUCCAUCUCAGCCUCAGACCACUCCUCAACCUCCGAAUGCCAUGGCACCGCCACGCACUUCUCCUCAACAACAUCCACCUCAGCAUCAGCAGGCUCAGCCCCCUUCUCAAGGGACUCAGCAUCAACAGAAUGCUCAGGUGCCUACAAUCGGCACUCUGGCUCAAAAUCCGCUCAUCGCCCAAAAUUUCCGACUUCCUCCCGGUGUGAACCCCGGGGCGCCAGGAGGGGUGGGUGGCGCACCUCCGAACGUGUAUCAACAGUUACAAGCAAACGUUGCGCUACAACAGCCCCUUCGUGCUGGAACGAACCAGGGUCCCGGAACUGGAGGGUUGCAUGGAGAGGCGGGACCUACGGGUCAUCAAGGUGUCGUCGGAAAUGUGGGCACUGGAAUUGGUGGUGUCGGGCAAUUAGCGUUUGCACAAGGACAGAUUCCUGGUCAACCUGGCCCAUCGGGACCUCCCCAAGGAAAUCGGUCACUUCCGCCUGGGAUGCUUCUCUCCAAUGCCCAACAGUCAGUGGACCAGAUACGUGCUUUCCUUGCGGGUAUCCCACAGCGAACGUCCGAGGAUCUGUUCAGGUUCCGUACGGUGUUUUUGAAGCAGAAGAGCAACGUCGAAAACAAUAUCGUGAGGCUAAGGAAUGGGAUGGGGAAUGGGCUUCAGGCUCCCAAAGAGGCUGUUGACAAUCUUCUGAGGGAGCGAAAAAAGUAUGAGGCACUUGGUGAUGCUGUUGGAAAGGAGAUCGCCAGUCGGGGGUUGAAUGAUCUUUGGAAUGGUCAAGCUUCUCAGCCGCCUCCGGGUGCUCAGCAGCAACAACCACCGGCUCAGCAACAACCUCAUCAGACGUUUACUUCUCCUGCGGCAUCGAACGCUAGCGUUCACCAACCCCAGGGUCAACAACCCAUGAGGUAUCCGACUCCUCAUGUUCCUACAUCUCAGUUGGGCGGUCAGCAGGUUCAACAGGCUUCACUUCAGCAACAGCCUCCGCAUGGAUUUCAACAGCAAAUCCAUGCGCAAGGACCGCAACCUUCAAUACCCGGUUCGUCGCAGAUGGUGAAUCAGAAUGUGACUCCUCAAGCCACCCAGCACCAGCAGCCCGCAACUGAAACCGCCUCUCCCCGUGUGGGUGGAUCUCAGCCCGGGAAGGUGCGGCAAUUCUCGCCUGCCACCCUCAUUGGCGACAAAAAGAUUUUCAUGGAUACACUCAAGGAGAUCUUUCGUCGGAAGAGCUUAAGCGGAGAUGACAUUCCCAAGCCCAAUGGAGUGGGUCUUGAUUUAUUUAGCUUAUUCCGGGAGGUGAUUCAGUCUGGUGGGAGAGACGCAUUGGGUCAGACCCCUGGCGGAUGGGAACGGUUUUCGAACAAGUUUGGGGUUCCCCAGAUUCAGGAUGUUUAUAUGAAGUUGCUGGGGGACAUGGAGGAUAUAUUCAGGAGUGCGACGAAGCAGCAUGCUCAGCCGCAUCAUAUACAGCCCAUGAGGCAGGUCCAAACGCAGGUUCAGGGUCAAGCGCCGGGUCCACCUGGUUCAAUGGGAGUUCCCCACGCUGGUUUGGGCGGCAAUGCUCUUCCCGUGAGCCAGCAGAUGUAUGCAUUUGCGCAACCCCAAGUCCAACCACAGGGGGCUCAUUUGCAGCAACAACCACAACAGCAGCCACAGCCACAGCCUGCUCGUCCGCCUUCGAGUCAGAAUCCGAAUCCGAACUCGAAUCCCAGUCCAAUGAUCCGCCCUCCCACUGCUCAGCAGCUUCAGCAGGUCUCUCAGCCUCAAGCACCGCAGCCUGUUCGUCCCGCUGGACCAACGGUGUUCAACAUGGGUCAGCCGGGUGGUGGUAAUCUUCAGCAACAGCAAUCUCGACAACCUGGAUCUUCGGGAGCACAGCCCGGCGUCGGCGUUCCUCAACAACAACAGCCACACACUCAUCCCCUUUCGCAACAACAACCUUCGUCUCUUGGACCUCCCCCUCCCGUGCCUCAGCUUCAGAGGCUGCAUCAGUUGAUUCACAUGACUCCUGAACGACUCAUGACGGAGCACAAUUUCACGCAGCAACAAGUUCAGGACUUCUUUAUAAACAAGAGGCCGCAGGUCGUUAUUGAUUAUUCAAGAGCGGUAGCUCAGUAUUUUGCAUUGUCAAAGGAUAGGAUGAUGAGCGGUGGAGCGAAUCUUUCCGGCACGCCAGUGGCUGCUGAGACUGCUGAUGCCCAACAACAGCAGGUCUCGGCUCAGGUCUCGGCUCAGGCUCAGGCUCAGGCUCAGGCUCAGGCUCAGGCUCAGGCUCAGGCUCAAGCUCAGGCUCAAGCUCAGGCUCAGGCCCAGGCUCAGGCUCAGGCCCAGGCCCAGGCCCAGGCUCAGGCUCAGGCUCUUCAGCAGCAGCCACCCCAGCAACAACCUGCUCCAUCUCAAGACGUUCAGCGACAAGUUCAGGCUUACCCUCACCUUAGUCAAGGUCCCCAACAGUCCCCUCAGCAACCGCCUCUGCCACCAUCGCAGUUGCAGCCGCAUCAACAGGGGUCACAAUCCGGUCAGAUACCACCGAAUCGCGGACAGAUGCCGACGCCUAUGCAGCAACCUCAGCCUCUUCGGACUCCCACUCCGGCUCAGCUGCCUCACACUCAUCCCGUUCAGACUCAAUCCCAGAUGCAGCAACCCCAACCUCAAGCACAAAACCAACUGCUACCGUCUCAAACCCUUGUGAAUCGUGGUCUGGGUCAAGGCGCAAUACCAAGAUCUGCGAAUUCCCUUGGGAAUGUGGGUGCUAUGUCACAGUCUGCUGUGCAUCAAGCUAGCAUGGCACGUUUGCAGAAGAGGGUAGAGGAGGCCAGGCAGAUUAAAUAUCAUUUGAAGACUCAGGGUCUUCGUCAACGAGUUCGGCCCACUGUUCAUGUGGAUGAGGGUCAGCGAGAAGUGUUUAAUCAGGAGUUUUUCUUGUUGCUUCGUGAUAUCGUGGCGCUAGAAGCAAAUCUCGAAAGGUACUUCGCUCUGACCGAGGUUGAGCCUUCAUUUAUUAGCGACAUCAUUCAUAUCCGGCCAAAUUGCAGCACGAAGCUUUGUCGCAAACGAGCAGUAUCAAGCCCCCGGCAUAUGUUAUGGACCUGAACGAGCUACGGACGUAUCAACAAACUAUUAGACCCCAUAUUGAUAAUUUCAAAAUCCUCGCCAACCAGAGUGCUCGGCACCAGCAGCAGCAGCAGCAGCCACAACAACAACAACCACAGCAGCAGCAGCAGCAGCAGCAGCAGCAGCAGCAGCAACAGCAAC